AUGAAUUAUGCAAAGUCAAAGAUUUUAAACGCUGUUAACUUCAUUAUUGUCGCUGUGUACUUGAAGUCCUUCAUCAGGUUCCAUUUUAACCCUGCUGUCCAGUUGAAAUUCCAAAUUGGAAAGCGUUCAAAAAUAUUUGAUUGCGUUCUUUAUAACAGCGAAAGUCAUAUGUUGUACAAUCGAAUAUGGAGAUUACAACCAUAUGUAGAUCAUUUCGUUGUCGUGUCUGCUUCGUUAACUUUUUCAUCAAGAAAGAAUAACGUUUCUUUUUAUCCAUUCGACAAAGAGAUACAAGCAUUAGGCGACAAGAUACACUUAUUUGAGCUUAAUCUUUCAGCAAAUAUGAGCAAUUGGGCAAGAGAAGAAAUUCAGCGAAACAGUAUGUUAGAUUUUGUAAAAACUUUGAAUCCAAAAGAGGGGGAUAUCAUAAUUGCAGGAGACAUUGAUGAAAUACCAACAAUAUCGGGUAUAGAGUUCAUGAUUCAAAACCCUCCCGUUGAAGAUUAUUAUAAUACAAAGUAUCGCUUCUACAAUCACAAUUACAAUAGUAUGGUUAAGACCACAUGGGGAUUCACAGCAGUAUUCAAGUACAGCGAUAAGCUUCCUUCAUAUCUAUUAUCAACUUCGCGAAGUACUCGUCAUUUUGUGACCAAACAAUACCUAGGAACGCAUUGCUCGAGUUGUUUCCAUACUCUGGAGCUAUAUAAGAAUAAGUAUGAGUCAUUCUCUCACCAGGAAUUCAACAGCUAUCCAUUUACAAACUAUAGUUACAUAUUUUGGUCCCAUUACUGUAAGAAACAGAUGCCAUGGGCUAAGGAUCUUUAUAAAUCUAAAUUGGAUAUUCAUGAUUUAGCGCCACAAGAUCCAAGACUUAGAUUUUUGUAUGAUAAAGAUUUCAUUUUGGAUAUAAAUAAGACAAUUUACAAAGAAAAAGAUCUAAAGACACUUUGUAAGGGAAAGAACUCUUGGUGGGUUAAUGGAAAGAUUGGUACACUGAAUCCAAAAUAUAAUAUUAGUCGUAAUUAA